CCUCACCUUAACCACAUCAGGCAUUUCAAAAUUCAGUAGCAGAAAGCGAGUGAGAGAUAAGAAGCUAUAAAUUGAUAAGAAUUGAAAAGGGAAAGCAGACGAGUGCUUGAGGAAAUCGACUAAUUACGACGUCGUGAGAUCUUCAUUUACACACACAGGCAUGAGUAAUCGCUCCAUUGCAUGGUGGCUCAGACAGAUCGGUCUGCCGCAGUACACACAGACCCUGGAGAAAGAGUAUUAUGGGCUGGAGGGUCUUUUGAUGGUUACUGAUGGUGAUCUGAUGUCGAUGGGUGUUGAAGAUGCUGAUCACAGAAUGACCAUAUUAACUAAUCUUCAGAAACACCAACAGAGAUUACAGUCAGGUCCACCCACUGUCCACUGUCUGUCCUCCACACUGCCACGUGGAGAAAAUUUCCAGCCCAGAGGAAAAAAAGUCAGCAGGAAGUUCUCUCUCAGUUCAUCUGACCUGUUUCGCCAGAGCAUCAUCCCACGCUUCAGUCGCCGUAACAACCACACCCUCUCUAUCUCCUGCACAGAUCUCCUCCCACUUGACCAGCAGCAUCACACCCUCACCAUCAAACCCAAGAGCAGCAAGAGGAGGAGUGUGGGAGUCUUCAUCACUCAGGUGUUUUCGAGCCAUAAAAACAUGGACUGUCUGAAGAAAGAACUGGAAGAGGAGCUGAAACUCAGCACUGAUGAUAUCAGGAGUCAUGCCUGGUAUCACGGGCAGCUACACCGAGAGGGAGCAGAGGAGCUGUUGAACAAUGAUGGAGAUUUCUUGGUGCGAGACUCAAGCACAGGUGGAGGUGACUACGUCCUGAGCUGCAUGUGGAAAAAGCAGUCCAUGCACUUCAAAAUCAUCCGCAUUGUCCUCCGGCCAAAACAGGGUUACACAAGGGAGCUGUUUCAGUUUGAGAAUGAUCAGUUCGACAAUAUCGCCGCUCUGGUGCGCUUCCACGUAGGUGGACGUAAGCCAAUAUCACAGGCUUCUGGGGCGGUCAUCACUCACCCAGUCACACGCACCCUUCCUCUGCGUGUCAUCAAUGAGCGUCAUGCAGCGAGGUUGUCAAGCACAAGUUCUGCAGCAGCACCACAAGUGUCAACAGUGAAGGGCAAGAGGCGGAGCUUGAGUUCCACACAUAUGGACAUGCUUCAGGUCAACAGCUACAACCUGCUCAGGAGUGGCAGUCAACCUGCUAAUCUAGAGACAGUAGGAAGACCAUUACUACAGUCUGCGCAAUCAGACAGCAACCUUCGCCCAGCUGUUCCCCAGAGCACUCCAACACAGGAUCCUCCCUCCCCGGUGUUUCGUACAGGCAGCGAUCCUUUACUCAGCCCUAGCUCCACCCACUCACACACUCCCAGCCAAUUAGCAACAGGAGGCUGCACGCUCCGUGGUUCUGAUGGACAGCUGCAUUCUCGGGCUCCACCCAAACCAAUCCGAGUUUCCACCCUGUUUCCAGCAAAAUCGCCAACCAUACCACGGAUCGAGGUCAACCCCGCCUCCCUCUAUGAUGAACUUGUGCCUCAGGUCCCUCAGUCAAUGCUGCCCAAAGGUCCAGCAGCUCGUCUCCGUGCUCAAGAGAAAUGGAGCAGCCGGGCACGUAUCACAGAGACUAGCUUCGCUUUUCUUGAGGCUCAAAGAGAUGAGGAAGAGUGGGAGGCAGAGGUAAAGAAGGAGGAGAGAGACAGAGAGACAGAGUUUGUCAGAAACGGAGAUGACUGGCGAUUCCUCCGUCCUGAGACAGAGACGACCUCGUCCUUUCGCCUGGAUGCAUUCCGCUCACUGCUGUUGCCCGACAACAACCGACCACUGGAACAGAGUGUACUGUACUCAAUCAAAGAGCUGUUCGCUCGCACUGAUGCUAACACCACUGCUCUGCACAUGCUCAGUGUGGACUGCCAGGUGGCACGUGUGACGGGUGUGACAGAGGAGCAGAAAAGAAUGAUGGGAGUGAACUCAGGACUGGAGCUGAUCACACUGCCACAUGGGAGCCAACUCAGACAGGACCUACUGGAGAGACAUCACCUGUUAGCGCUGGGCGUGGCCGUGGAUGUGCUGGGCUGUACAUCGUCAGUCAACCAGAGGGCGCUGGUGCUCCAUAAGGCCAUCCAGCUGGCUCAAGCUCUGCGCUCUACUGCCCACGACCUCUACGCCUUCAGCGCUGUCAUGAAGGCCCUUGAAAUGCCACAGUUGGUCCGGUUGGAGAUGACAUGGAGAGUGUUGAGGAGGAACCACACAGAGAGUGCUGUGAUGUUUGAGAAAACCCUGAAGCCCUUCAUGAAGGCACUCAGUGAGGGUGAUGAGUCGGUGUUAUCUGGCCCCCUGUCCCUGCCCCACAUGGUGCCGUUGUUAAAGCUGAUGGAGGGAGAGGACGGAGUGGAGAACAGUGAGAGAGGCUGCCAGCUCCUCUAUAACAUCCUCCAGACCUCACGCCACACUGCUGAUCAUGCUAACGAUUACCAACAACAUGCACACACACUGCUGUCAGCAGGUUGGGAGCCGAUCCCGGAGCUGCUGGAGGUUUUCCGCACUGAGUUUGCCCUGCGUCUGUUCUGGGGUCAUGCCGGGGCCGAGGCAGGCAAAAAGGACCGCUAUGAAAAAUUCGACAAGAUCCUCAGCAUCCUCUCCGACAAACUAGAGCCUGCUUAGACCUCUGACCUUUCAUCUCACACCAUGACUGUGAAAGCAGGAAGUCACUUUUCUCUGACUGGAUAAUAGACAUGGAAAGCUUUUCUCUGAUUGGAUAAAAACAGUGGGAAGUUUUUCCUGAUUGGAUAAAAAUGUUGGAAAUUUUUUUGUCUAAUUAGACGGAAUUUCAGGAAGUUUAUUUCUGAUUGGACAGAGCCAAGGUGAAGGUUUCCCUGAUUGGAUGGAUGGGAUCCAGUUUGAACUGGUGGAACUGGCUCCAGUUUGUUUUUUUAUACAGUAAAAUCUCUUAUGACUGGAAUUGAUUCACAGAACACGUAUGAAGUUCAUCUGCUGUUUACCGUCAGGUUCAAAUGAACCCAGGAAAAACAGACAGAACACAAUAAACCAUCAUCCACCAAGUGUGUGAGUGUGUGUGUUGUAUGUUGGUGUGUAUGUUGAUGUGUGUGUGUAUAUGUGAGUAUGUUGAUGUGUGUGUGUGUGUUUGUGUGUUGAUGUAUGUUGGUGUGUGUGUUUGUGUCCUAAACAAUGUCAGUCCUUGUCCCUCCCUGUUUAUAAGAUUUUUUUAAACACUGGAAAUGAUAUGUUU